AUUUAAUGUUGUUAUGUUUUGAACGGAAGUACAGAAGUAAUACAAGAUCAUCAGAAGGAUAUCAAUUGAACUGUAAACCGACAAACACGUAAAAUAAUAAUUCGGAUAAAAAAAAACACCGAGAAAUGGCAAACCACAAAAAUGACGACAAAUCGUUUAUCACUAACGUUAGGUUGCUAAAAAUGACCGGUCUCUAUCAAGUGUUGAAUCCAGUUAAAUCUGAGGGCUCAACUACGUUAUGGGGAUGCAAUAUUUAUCAAUUGGCUCACAUUUUAGUCACGCCGUUGCACGUGAUAAUUGUGAUUUUCUGUGUGAUCGGUUUCAUUGCUUGGACAAACGACUUCAACCAGAGGCUAAACUGUUGUAUGCUAUUAGUAGGGGCCAUUAACACUUUGCUGAACGCCAUUCGGGUCGGUCAGAAAUCCGACGUUAUUUGGAAAUGUUUUGAAAUAAUGCGGGACGAUUUCUUGUCUUACAACUAUUCCAAAACGGACAUAGUGAAUGAUUAUAAAAGAAAGACCGUGAUGAUUACAAACAUAUACUCAAUAGCAUUUUGUUUGAUACUUAUUAUUUGGUUGGGCAACCCGGUGUUCAUAACUGAUUUUACAGUGAAAAAUGCAGACGGCGACUUGGUCACAUACCGAAACAGCGUCAUCAACGUUCUGCCUUACCCGUUCAAAAUCGACCUGUAUAACAAGCUGUUUCCAAUCAUUUACAUUAUCGAAGCCGUUAUAUUUACGCAAUCUGUAAUUGGAUUUAUAAUUUUCGAUUCGGUGCUGAUUAUUUUCUGUUGGUCGAUUAUAGCACACCUGAAAACAAUCGCUUCGGCGUACAGCUCGUUGGGAUACGAAAAAAUCGAAAACGAAUCAGUAACGUUAAUAGAAAAAUUCAAAACGAUUAUUUCGGAUCACACGAAAGUGAUAUCAGUAAUGAAAGACUUUUUUUAUACUAUCCGACCAAUAAUAGUAGCGCAGAUUGGAAUUGCUGCUUGUAUACUAGUUUGUGCGACCUAUGCCUAUAUAGCGAGUUAUUUUAACGGGAUGCCGAUUAUGUCUGCAACUUCGAUGAAAUAUUUAAGUACUGCGAUGUUCAGCGUGCUGCGGUUGUUCCUCUUAACUAAAAUUUGCGGACUUGUAGACAAUGAGGUAAACUCGAUGAAUUUCUCAUUGUACAGUUGUAAUUGGUUAGAUCAAGAUUUGUCUUUCCAAAAGCUGGUGUUGUUGUCAAUGACUAUGAACAGUGUUAAUAUGAAAACGAUUAUGAUAACACCGAUGAAGAACGUUGAUUUAAAGAUUUUUACAAGUGUGUUACAUAUGGCGUAUUCUAUUAUAUCCGUACUAUUAAAGAAGAAAUUAUCCGAACAAAAUUAAAAUCACAAAUAUGCGAAGAGCAUUUUAAGAAAAAUUAUACUAUUAAUACUAUAGGUUGCAACAUCAUAUUUUCAUGAAGAUAAAACAAUAUGCA